GAUUCUGCAUUAAAAGGCCACUGAAAGGAGGACGUACUGGGAACACUGGGAUUACUGGAGUACUGGACACCACUUCAACUGCUGCUGAUUUCACAUUAUAAACAGGACAAUUAGAGGAGCUACGACUCAAAGUAAAAGUAAAUCUUUCUACUUCCUUGACAGACCAACUUCCUUGUUUGUGUGCUGUGUUUUCAGCUUCACUCGGAGAGAAAAUGGCUUCCAGAUCAGAGGAGGAUCUCACUUGUUCUGUUUGUCAGGAGAUCUUUAAGAACCCUGUUGUUCUGUCGUGUAGCCACAGCUUCUGUAAAGACUGUUUGCAGGAAUGGUGGACAGAGAAAGUGGUACACCAGUGUCCAGUUUGUAAGGAAAUACAUUUAUUAAGUGAUACACCUUGUAACCUGGCGUUAAAGAACCUGUGUGAGGCGUUCUUACUGGAGAGAGAUCAGAGAGCUUCAGAGCCUCUCUGCAGUCUGCACUCUGAGAAACUUAAACUCUUCUGUCUGGACCAUCAGCAGCCAGUUUGUCUCGUCUGCAGAGACUCAAAGACACACAACAACCACAGAUUCAGACCCAUCGAUGAAGCUGCACAGGAUCACAAAGAGGAGCUCCAGAAAUCCCUGAAGACCUUACAGGAGAAACUGGAGCUCUUUGGACAAGUUAAAGGAAACUGUGAUCAAACAGCAGAACACAUUAAGGUCCAGGCCCGACACACAGAGAGGCAGAUUAAGGAGCAGUUUAAGAAGCUUCACCAGUUUCUACAAGAGGAAGAGGAGGCCAGGAUCUCUGCUCUGAGGGAGGAAGAGGAGCAGAAGAGUCAGAUGAUGAAGGAGAAGAUUGAUGCUCUGAGCAGAGAGAUAGCAGCUCUUUCAGACACAAUCAGAGCCACAGAGGAGGAGCUGAGAGCUGAACACGUCUCAUUCCUGCAGAACUACAAGGCUGCAGUGGAAAGAGUCCAGCAGCGCCCCCUGCUGGAGGAUCCACAGCUGCUCUCAGGAGCUCUGAUAGAUGUGGCCAAACACCUGGGCAACCUGGCCUUCAACAUCUGGAACAAGAUGAAGGAGAUGGUCUCCUACACUCCUCUGAUUCUGGAUCCAAACACUGCUAAUCCAGGACUCAUCCUGUCUGAAGAUCUGACCAGCAUGAUAUAUGGAGAGAAACAGAAACUUCCUGACAAUCCAGAGAGGUUUGAUUACCACGCCGCUGUCCUGAGCUCUGAGGGCUUUAACUCUGGGACUCACAGCUGGGACGUUGAGGUUACAUAUGAUAAACUCUGGGCCAUAGGUGUUAUAAAGGAGUCUGGCUUGAGAAAGGGUAAAAUACCAACUGGCUUCUGGGAGAUUUCCUUCUUUGAAGGAAAACACAUUGCAUUCUUCCCACCACACUUUCAAGUCCUCUCAGUGGAGAAGAGGCCACAGAGGAUCAGAGUUCAUCUGGACUUUGACAAAGGAAAACUGUCAUUCUUUGAUUCUGAUACAAACACACACAUACACACCUUCACACACACUUUCACUGAGAGACUGUUUCCAUAUAUUGAAACCAAGAAUCAAACAUCCAUGAAGAUAUUACCAGAGACGGUCUCUGUCACAGUGGGACAGCACACAGUCCCUUCAUCAAGCUAAAGGUGUUGAUUUGAUCUGUGAAUGCAGCAUUUUAUUUCAUGUGAGUAAAAUUUCUCAGAAAUGUCGACAUCAGAUGUUUGGCAUCUCAUGAUAAUGAGACAAAGGUGGAAGUUUUAUUAUCUGUUUUGUUUUAACUGAGUUACUCUGAAAAAAAGUACAAUGUGAAAUGUGUCAAUCAGGAACUGAUGGGAAGAAAAUAAGGAAGAAGACGAUGAUGAUGAUUCUGAUAAUAGGGAUACCAUUAUUAGCAUGAAUAUUAUUUUCUUCCUUACAUUAAAGAUUAGCUAAUGUUACAUGUAUGUUUAGCCGUUUGAUUUAAGGGAAUAUAAUUCAUUUUAGAAAAUUAUAUAUUUUUAAUCUUGUUUUAUGGGCAAUUGCUACUUUUAUUGUUCAGAGUUUUUAUUUUAUUCUGCACUAUUAGUCAAUUUGUAACAGAACUUUUUUUUUAAUUCACUGUAAGUUACUCUGUCAGGGAAAAGCAGAUGAGUAAACUGUACAUAACUGAUUACAUGUUAUCUUCUCUUUGUAUUCUGAAACCUACUGGAGAUGAUUAUUAAUUGUUGUUUGGAAAUAUAAAAAAUAAUAAAGGUUUGAUAAUUAGAAAUAAAAUCUGUAUUUGUCUUUUAGUCAACAAAUCCCAUAUAAAAUCUAAACCAGUAAUGAAUACAUCUAGAAACCCUGGGACGAGGUGUAAUAAAGGAGUCUGACUGAAGAAAGGGUGAAAUUCAUGGUCGUCUCCCCACCACACUGAACUUUUUAAACACUGGAUGUUGGUUCAGGUUCCAGUCUG